UGUUAUCACUUGGUGGCGCCCUAACUAGAAUUUGCUGGAAAUCAGCUGCACACCACCACGCUUUAUUUGUCUUGUCAAGUUAAUUAAAGUUAGCAUUUUCUCCUUAGUUCUGAGGUCUAGUCACACUGGUGUAGCAAGUUCAUGUCAAGACGUGGCCAGCAUGUCCCAGAAGAAGAAUCUGAUGGUGAUCGACUGCGAUGCAGGAGUUGACGAUGCCCAGGCUCUCAUGGUUGCCCUGAGCAACCCAGACACUGAAGUCCUUGCAAUCACCUGUGUCAGGGGGAAUGUUGGUGUGGACCAGGUCUGGUACAACGUCCACAGGGUGCUGGAUGCUUGCGACAGACGGGAGGUUCCGGUCUACAAAGGUGCCACCAGGUCCCUCGUGACGGAAAUACCAAUAUCUGAUUUCCAUGGCAUUGACGGCCUCGGCGACGUCCCGCCCCACCCGGACUUCACCAUCAACUCCAGCCAUCAACGUUCCGAACAUGCUGUAGACAUUCUCAUCUCCCUAGCCAAUCAAUAUCCAGGAUUGAUAUCGCUGGUUGCCAUAGCGCCAUUGACCAACCUUGCCUUAGCUGAGAAGAUGGCGCCGGGUUUCUCAGCCAAACUGAAAGGGGUUUUCAUCAUGGGGGGUAACAUGUACGGCAAAGGCAACGCCAACCCUUGCGGAGAAUACAACUUCUACCAAGACCCUGAUGCAGCGUACAUUGUACUCGACAGCUACAAGUGCCCCAUUACCAUGGUAACAUGGGAACUCACCAUGGCAACGGAAGUUCCAUUUAAAUGGAUUGAUGGACUGAUGGAGCGACAAACUAAAAAAGGUCGUUUCCUGAAAGCAAUCAGUGAACACUCCUACAAAAUCAUGUCAGAUGAACAGCUGAAGGUAGAUUAUUUCUGCAUUGACACAAAGGGCUGGAACUGUUGUGAUGCCCUCGCUGUCUGCAUUGCCAUUGAUCCUUCCAUCAUCACCGAUUCUAAGCAAUGCCCCUGCUCGGUAUCGCUAGAGGGCGUGACACGGGGUCAGAUGAUCGUAGACUGGCACACCAUCUGGAGAGAUAAGACAAAGCGAACUGUCGUCCAGAGCAUCAAUAUGGAUAGGUAUAAGGAACUGCUGGUGAGCUCUGUAGAGUGAAGUCAUGUGACGUGUGGGGUCAUGUGACCUGUGGAGUCAUGUGACCUUUGUAGCCAUGUCAACUGUGUGGCCAUGUGAACAGUGUGGUCACCUGAUCUGUGAAGUCAAAUUGGCAAUGUUCAAAUGAUGUCAUUAUGGUGAAAACAAUAGGAAUGGUUUCCCAACAAAUCUCGAGAACGACUUGGCAUAUCAACUUUGUGUUUUGGCCAUUUUUGGGAUACUGGGAGGCCUUUUGAAACUUGGGACACACUGGGCGUAUCAACUUCAAACAUGGCUUUUAGAUUGUUGUAAGGGUCCCCGUAAACCCAUUGGCUAUGAACAUCGUAGGAUCAAAAUGUCAAUGUUAUUAUGAAUAAAACAAUGAAAAUGGUUGAGUCGGGUAUGUCAAGAAUUGUUGAUUCACGAACUAUAAACUUGAUGCAUAUUUUGUUUGAUACUUUUAAAUUUAAGCAAGGCGUUUUGACCUUGAAACCUGGUACCUGACUUGUUUGAUUCUAUGGAUUUGUGCAGUGGGUUUUGAUCUUGAAACUUGCUACAUGUAAAUGCGUGUUUGAUACUUAAAAUAAUAUUAAUACAACACUAAAUUAUAAGCCGUCUUAAUCAUAAAUAAAAAAUGCUCUAAGGUGCUAUACAUCAGAUUAAAAAAAAAAAGAUUUGUGCCUUGAACUUGCUCGAUACUUUUGAAUUAUGCACCGGGUUCUGAACUUGACACUUGGUACAUGUACUUAAAACUUGUGUGAUACAGUAAUUGUGCCCUGGUAUUUGAACUUGAAACUUAGUACAAGGCUUGUUUGAUACUAGUGAGUUGUGCACUGGGUUUUGAAUGUGAAUCAUGCAUGGAACAUUCAUUGGAUUCAAGAUAAUGGCUCAGGGACAUGUUUAAGAUUGAUUCCUGCCUAACAUAUUUUAAGGUUUUAUUGACAUUUUGUGUCGUUGAGGAUUUUGUACGAUAUUGAAAAUUUGUAAAAACAUUAUUUUUUUUAAAACUCAUUAAUCCUCCAUUUUGUUUAGAGUAGGGGUUUUUAAAUAUACUGAAAGAUGUUUCUGGCUUUUUUCCAGAAGCAGGUUUGGGACCAAAUUUAGUCAAAAAGGUAUGGUUAACCCCUUGCAUUUUUUCCCAC